GCGGCGGCGGCGGCGAUGGCGGCGCGUGGGCGCGCGGCGGCGAUGGCGGCGGCGGCGGCGGAGCGGCGGCUGCCCAGCCUGGACGAGUUCGCCGGGCAGAGCUGGAGCGCCUGGGUGGAACGGGCCGGGCCCCCGGCCGAGACGGGACCGGGGUCGGAGCUGGAGGAGAGCGGGAAGGGCGGCGGCAAGAAGCUGGACGCCAUGACCCUGAUUAAAGAAGACAUGAACAUCUUCGGCCACUGCCCGGCGCACGACGAGUUUUACCUGGUGGUCUGCAACCACUGCAGCCAGGUGGUGAAGCCCCAGGCCUUCCAGAAGCACUGCGAACGCCGCCACGGCCCCCUCAGCAAACUCUACGCCCGCGCCGCCGCCACCCCUCCCAAGUGCCACGUCGCCGUCAACGGGCAACGGUGGCCGGCGGGCCCCCCCCCCGCCCCCCCCGGCACGGCCAAAGGGUUGCGGGAGAAACCCCCCGGCGCUCGCGCCCGCGUCCAGCCCCUGCCCGAGCGGCCGGACAAGGACAACCUUUGUUUGUUCGUGCCCGUGGUCAACCUGGAGAAGAUUCCCAGCAUCCCCAAAGCGGACGGGCACGGGAUCAAGGUGCCCCCCAAAGCCGUCCCCCCCACCUCCAAGGAACCCUUGGGGAAACCCGCCGCCCCCGCCGUGCCCAAAGAGCCCCCGGUGUCGGCGGCGGGGGGGGGGGAUUCGGCCGUGCCCGCCGACGGCCCCGGGUGCAAGCCGGAGAGCGCCCCCGCCCCGGGGGAGAAGGACGCGGGUGCCACCAAGCCGCCCCCCAGGUCCCACAAGAAGCUGGCGCGCAAGGAGUGCGACCUGAACCGGCAGUGCGGGGUGCUCAACCCCGACACCAACAAGAUCUGCACCCGCUUGCUCACCUGCAAGAUCCACUCGGUUCACCAGCGCCGCGAGGUGCAGGGUCGGGCCAAGGACUUCGACGUGCUGGUGGCCGAGCUAAAGGCCAGCACCCGCAAGGGCGACCCCCCCGCCAAGGAGAGGAGCCCCCCCGCCAAGGACCCGCCACCACCACCACCGCCACCCCCACCACCGCCGCCGCCGCCGCCGCCGCCCCCCCCCGGCACUUCUCCCUGCCGAGCCAAGCCCCCCCCCCACUCCCACUGCCCGCUCCCCAGGGCCCGGCUUUCCUCCGAGAGCGACGCCGAGGAUACCCCGUCCGCCUCCGGGGAGGGGGGGGCCACGGGGGUGUUCCCCUUCCCCCUGCCCAAAGCCGGGGGGGGCAGCCGGGUGUCGAGCGAGGAGAGCGAGGAGGAGGGGGGCGAGGAGCCCCCCCGCCCCCCCACCCGCCCGCCGCGGCCCCAGGCGUUCUGCACCUUCGGGAGCCGCCUGGUCAGCCCGGGCUGUUACGUCUUCAACCGGCGGCUGGACCGAUUCUGCUCGGCGCUGGGCUCCAUGCUGGAGCGGCACCUCAGCUCCCACAUGUGGCGGAAGAUCCCUCCGGCCGCCGAACCCCCUCUGCACCCCCCCCCGCCGCCCCCCAGCCCCGCCGCCACCGCCGCCGCCCCCCCUUGCGGCUCCGCCGUCCCGACCCCUUCGCCCCCAUCACGGACCUUCUCCUCGGCGGGGGGCCCCCCCGGCACCCGCGAAGGCCGCGUCCCCUACACGGUGGGGUCCCCCCACGCAGCGGCCGCCUGCAGCCAGCCGGAGUGCGGAGGGGGGGGCAGCCAGUCCAUCACCUCCCCCCUGCCCGCCAACACCCCCUCGCCCUCCUUCAGCAAGUUGCCUUCCACCAAGGCCAGCAAAUCCUCCCGCGCCCGGGAAGCCGCCGGGGGAACGGAGCCCGAUCCCCGCAAACGGAAGCCCCCCCUCGCCGCCGGUGGCCCCCCCUAUAAAAGGACCUGUUCGGGAGACGGGGUGAAAAACAAAAACCAGGUUUCGGCUCCCCCCGGCAAGACGAAAGUCACCUCACCGGGAUGCCCGGCAUCUUCUGCCGCCGCCGCCGCCGGCUCGCCCCCCCGGACUGCCGUGCCCCCCCCGCCGUUGGGGGACCCCCGAAGCUCCCCUUUGCACGGACCCGGGGUGCCACCGCCGCCACCCCCCCGGUGUAUCUCCGAGGACGAGGUCAAGAAGCGUAAGAACGCGGCCACCUACUGCCGACCCGUCAAACCCAAGACUGUGCCCCCCCUGCCCGGCCCCCCCCCGCCGCCCCCCGGCUCGGCCCCCCCCGACUCGGGGGGUUCCAUCCGUAGGAAGAAGCCGGGGACCCCCCUGGGCUUCGAGGAGAAGCGGAGCGCCCUGAAGGUAGGGCUGAGAUUGGGGGAGGCUGGGGGGGUCCCUGCUGAGAUGGGGGGGUGGCGUCUGGGGGUGGAGAGCGGGAGGUGAGGCAGGAAAAGUGGGGGCCAACACCCCCCCCCCCCCCCCCAGGGCCACCAGCACCCAGAGGAGAAGGUGGGACCCACCUUCUCCCAGGGCUUGGGGCCACUCGUGUGCACCCAUGUCCUGAGGGACACCCCGGUGCUGGGUGGGGGGGGGACAUGGGGACAUCCCGGUCUCAUCCCGGGUUGGGAAUAGCAUGGGGACCCUCUGGGGAUGGCCGUGUCCUAGGUGAAGGACACCGUGGGGACACUCUGGGUCCCCUCAGGUAGGGGACAUGGGGGGACAUCCGCGGUCGUGGGUCCUUGGGUGGUGGGUGCAGUGGGGACCCUCUGGGGACACCGUGGGUGGAGGGCACCAUGGAGACCUUCUGGGCCACCCACAUCCCAGGUAGGGGACACCAUGGGGACCCUGUGGGACACUUUGGCCCCAGGGGAGGGACACCAUGGGGACCCCCUGGCCCCAAGUAGGGGACACCAUGAGUGACACCGUGGUCUUGGGAUGUCCUGGUCAUGGGUGGUGGGUGC